CUGUGAUUGGCUGGGCGGGGUUGAUUGGCAGGUGGAGAGCUGAGCUGUCAGGCUGUGUCCGCCAUGUCUGGCAGGAAGGGAGAUCGUUACUCAGUGCUGCUACCGACCUACAACGAACGGGACAACCUACCGCUCAUAGUCUGGCUGCUGGUCAAAUGCUUCAAAGAGAGGUGGGGCCCCUGGGACUGUGUGUGGCCCCUACUGACCCAGACUGGCCCCUGGGACUGUGUGUGGCCCCUACUGGCCCCUGGGACUGUGUGUGGCCCCUACUGACCCAGACUGGCCCCUGGGACUGUGUGUGGCCCCUACUGACCCAGACUGGCCCCUACUGACCUCAGACUGGCCCCUGGAACUGUGUGUGGCCCCUACUGACCUCAGACUGGCCCCUGGGACUGUGUGUGGCCCCUACUGACCUAGACUGGCCCCUGGGGCUGUGUGUGGCCCUUACUGACCCAGACUGGCCCCAGGGACUGUGUGUGGCCCCUACUGACCAGACUGGCCCCUGGGACUGUGUGUGGCCCCCUGGCCCCCUGGGACUGUGUGUGGCCCCUACCCCACUGGCCCCUGGGACUGUGUGUGGCCCCCACUGGCCCCUGUGUGUGGGACUGGCCCUGUGUGUGGCCCCACUGGCCCUGGGACUGUGUGUGGCCCCACUGGCCCCUGGGACUGUGUGUGGCCCCACUGGCCCCUGGGACUGUGUGUGGCCCCUACUGGCCCCUGGGACUGUGUGUGGCCCCUGGGACUGUGUGUGGCCCCUACUGGCCCCUGGGACUGUGUGUGGCCCCUACUGGCCCCUGGGACUGUGUGUGGCCCCUACUGGCCUCAGACUGGCCCCUGGGACUGUGUGUGGCCCCUACUGACCCCUGGGACUGUGUGUGGCCCCUACUGACCCCUGGGACUGUGUGUGGCCCCUACUGACCCCUGGGACUGUGUGUGGCCCCUACUGACCCAGACUGGCUCCUGGGACUGUGUGUGGCCCCUACUGACCCCUGGGACUGUGUGUGGCCCCUACUGACCUCAGACUGGCCCCUGGGACUGUGUGUGGCCCCUACUAAUAACUACUGAUGACAUUUUCAACAACAACAAAAAAACACACACCUAGUCUAGGCAAAAUAAUGGUAGUUUAGUUACAGUAUAUGAUACCUUGCAUAAGCCUGGUACAACAUCAAUGUACCCCAUUUUGGCAGGUCCUACUCUAGCAACCUAAUGUCUUCUCUUACAGGAUUAAUUCACUUACUUGGGGAAACCUAACUUCUGGAGUUAUGCAGUACAAGGUUAAAUAGGGCACUGGAAUGAGGCACCCAUAUAGAAUUAUGUGUAAUUAAAGGGACACUAUAGUCACCUGAACAAAUUCAGCUUAAUGAGAACUAUACCUCCCUGCACCCUUUCUCAUGUAAACACUGUAUUUUCACUGUAUUUUCUGAGAAAAUACAGUGUUUACAUUGAAAGCUAAGAACACCUCCAGUUGCAGUCACUCAGAGUGAACCACAGGGACUUCGGAAUAUGCCUCCAUCCACUCAGCAGAGCACAGGGCAGCACUGUGCACAGCAUCCUGUGAUUCAGUAUCUCCUCCCACUGCAUUCAGACACUGAACUUUUCUCAUAGAGAUUUGUUGAUUCAAUUCAUCUCUAUGAGGAGAUGCUGAUUUGGCCAGGGCCGUGUUUGACUCAUGCUGGCUCCUGAUCUGCCUCUUUGUCAGUCUCAGCCAAUCCUAUGGGGAAGCACUGUGAUUGGAUCAGGCUGUCACAUGUCAGCAGACUGCUUGUUUUUCCUGAGUCUAACAGCAUGCAGAUUUACAGCUUCUGGCUUGAAUACAGUAAGAUUUUUACUAUAUUUAUGGAGGCAUGAAGGGUCCAGGGCGGCUAGAUGGUCGUGUUAACACUAUAGGGUCAGGAAUACAUGUAGUUGCACUGGUGACUAUAGUGUCCCUUUAAACAUAAUUUGUUUAAAUUAAAUUAGAGAAGAUUUGAUGAAAGUUGUACUUUAAAGGGACAUUAUAUUCACCAAAACUACUUUAUCUUAAUGAAGCCGUUUUGGUGUAUAGAUCAUGGCCCUGCAGUCUCACUGCUCAAAUCUGUUAUUUAAGAGUUAAAUAACUUUUUUGUUUCUUGUAACGGAUCGCCUGGCGCCCCAAUCGGUUGCCUCCGUCAAUUCAUGCUCCUAGUGCUCACCGAGGGCUCCAAGCACUCCACCAGACACCAUAAGCACUGUAGGCUCCACAGCUUGGUUGGGGGCUCGCCGUCUUCCACCCACCCUGGGCCCAAGAUCCAGCUUCCAGUCGGUAGACCUCUCCUAGUCCAGAGAGCGUAGCAGGAACAUCUCUUAGAAGAGCUAGUGAUUAUACUCUGUGGAGUAUUGUGAUAUAGCAAUCCCCUGAGUGUAUGUAGUUCUCCAAUCCCCCAAACAUGAGCCAAUUGUUCACGAAGGGGUAAAGCAUUCUGUUUAAUGGAAGCCACAGCUGGCCUUUUAUGCAAGUCCCCAAGCAAUGUGUACGCCCACAUGGACCUUGUUGGGGACAGGGACACAAAGCUUACAAAUCAGAACAGUAAUUAAAAUACGACACUCCCAUAACAAACAUACAAUCCCUCCCCUCUCCCUGUGAGAUAAUUGGAUCAGAUACUGUAUUAACCCAAUUAUCUCCAGGCAGAAAAAAAAUACAUAUUUUACAAAGUCCCAUAAUUACCCCAAAACACAACAUAUCCCCAUCAAUGUUACAUCCCCUGAUAGCCCUGAUCAGGGUCACCAACAUAUCCAAAAAUCACCCAGAUCAGUUCAGGGUUUCAGAAAUUUUAUGGAAAUUAUGUAUUUGACCGAUACAUGUAUUUGUCCCAAAACAGUUCCAGAGAAUCAGGGAUUGCGGGCAGUCUAGUUCGGUAGUUUGAAAAUGAACAAACUACCGAACAGAGUCAAUAAUCUUACCCUGGAGCUUGAUCCCUUCAUCCAGAUGAAUGAUCUCACUGAACAGUGCCCUUCUAAGCCGAAUAGAAACGACCGCAGGCGAUGAUGGAAGUCCACCGGUGUUCGGGAGUUUCGAUUUUUAGUUCCAUGAGAUUCAUGCCCAAACACCACUGCCUGCGUUCAUGCGAACAAGAUGGCUGCCACCUCGUGGUUGGUCAUAGGAAUCGCGGCCACCCAGAUGAAAAAAUUGAACACUGCGGUGAGAAACGUUCCAAGUUGUUAAUAGGUGUUAACAAGCUCCAGGGUGGUCUCUGUUCAUGCGGUUGUACAGUAAACAAACCAUAUAGUCCCAAUUGCACGAACAGAGCCUGUUUGAAGUAUUUUAGCAAGAUCUAUUGCAGGGACCAUAUUCACAGGGUAGGAGGCAGGGAAACAGGCUCCUCCAAAAGCCAGUGGCAAGGUUACUUUUGCCACAUUUCUGUUUAUGCAGCCCCAGCUACACCUACCUCUCCUGGCUGUCACAUCCAGCCUGCAUGAAAUCAAAAUGGUUUAAUUUUCAGGUGUAACUUGCUUUAAAAGUUUUUAUCUCCUGCUCUGUAAAUUGAACUUUAAUCACAUCCAGGAGGUUACUGCAGGGUCUAGCAAGCUAUAAACAGUGCAGGAGAGAAUAAAUUCUAAAUUAAGCAGAUUGUACAAUAAAGUAAGGGUAAACAUUAGAUGACUCUUUACAGGAAGUGUUUAGGGUGUCUGUGUAAGUCACAUGCAGAGAGGUGUGGCUAAUACUGCAUUAACAAAGUGAUUUAACUCAUAAAUGGCAGAGAAUUGAGCAGUGAGACUGCAGGGGCACGUUCUAUACACCAAAACUGCUUCAUUAAGCUAAAGUUGUUUUGUUACCUAUAGUGUCUUUUUUAAAGAAUAAAUUACUUGCUAAAACAAUACUAUGUUAUUUACCUCUUUUCCAUCUGAAAUAAAUGUGGGCUAAUUUUUUAAAAAUAAAAAAAAAUUCAAACAUUUUAACAAAUCCAAAAACUGCUAAUUUAUUUUAUUUUAGUGGAUAUGAUUAUGAAAUUAUAAUUAUUGAUGAUGGAAGCCCAGAUGGAACAUUGGAAGUCGCUAAGCAACUGGAAAAGCUUUAUGGAUCUGACAAAAUUGUAAGUAUUUGCAUUUUACUAGACCAGGGAUCUGGUUUUAGCAAACUAAAAUAGUGGGAUAAGUUUUUCUAAUUCAGCUAUUUUGAUGUGAAAUUAAAAUUUUCCCACUAAAUGUUUCUUGCUGUAAUCUGUAGCGAUCAGUCAUUUCUAUUGUUUUCUUUAAUUGCAGUUACUUCGACCCAGAGCAAAGAAGUUGGGUUUGGGUAAGUGUGUAUUCUUAGAGCAAUAUCUUGCUUUAUGGCCCAGAGAUUCUGUCUUCUGUGCCACAUGCUACUUCAAACACUGUCUCAAGGCUUCUCCCAACAUCAGCAGUUUAAUAAUUGAACUGAGUGUUACAGUUCGUGCCGGAACUAAUGUAGAGGGCCCUGGUGCAAGAAUUUAUUUUUUUUUGCAAAUUUUUUCCCAAUCCUCCCAGCGCUGCCAAUAAGCAAGGGUCAGGUCGUGCUGUUAAAAGGCCACAUUGCCCGACCAGGCCCCUGCUGACACAUGCCCACCAGGUGGCGCUAAGUGCAUGAGCCAUCCGAUGGGCCUUUUAGUGCGGGCCCCGGUGGUUACCCCAAUGGUUAUGGUAGCUAGCUGGCUCGGACUGGGAAUGCAAAGCAGCCCUGGAAAGAAAAUGUAUACCAGCCCCAUAAGUCACUUUUUUUUUUUUUUUAAUUCUAUAUUUUAUUUAUAAAAUAAAGUUAAUUGUUACAAUUUACCCCUACUUUUAUUAUUUUAUUCUACCCUGUUGCUGUUCCACUACAUCCGCUUCCUGCACAUCCCAGGUGGGAUUGUACCACCAUAAGCAUAUACUACCAGAGCAAGUCAAGUUAUUGCUCUGGAAAUUGUAAGUAGGAUACCUACCUAUAUUUCUAUAUUUUAUAUCACCAGGAAAUAUCCUGGUGGGCCAGUCCGUCCCUGGAAGCUAGUUAGCUUAGUGAAUAAAAUCAACCCCUGCAAUUGGCUAGUUUUGGUUGUUGGCCGGGUAGGUUUCCCUACUGCAGAAUGUGAAAGCCUGUUAUGUGGCUCUGGAUGAUACAUUAUCAAAGGGGAUUGAUUGGAGUGUCAGAAUUUCUGUGACAUGGUGUUAGACGCUGUACUGUCUGAGCUUCUUUUAGUGUGGUGCCUUAAGUACACCUCCCAUUAUUUCAAAUGGACAAAGAGGGACACUUAAAUUUUAAGGGUGGAGGUGGGAAAGUUUUUAGAAAUUUUAGGUGACCUAACUCAUAAUUUAUAAAACUAAAAUGUAAUUUAGAAGAAGAACAAUGUAUCUUAUUUCCAAACACAUUUAUUGCAGUUUAAAUACACAUUACUGGGAGUAUUAUUGCUGUGGAGCUCUGUUAUACACUUAGACACAUUACUGGGAGUAUUAUUACUGUGGAGCUCUGUUAUACACUCAGACACAUUACUGGGAGUAUUAUUGCUGUGGAGCUCUGUUAUACACUCAGACACAUUACUGGGAGUAUUAUUGCUGUGGAGCUCUGUUAUACACUCAGACACAUUACUGGGAGUAUUAUUGCUGUGGAGCUCUGUUAUGCACUCAGACACAUUACUGGGAGUAUUAUUGCUGUGGAGCUCUGUUAUACACUCAGACACAUUACUGGGAGUAUUAUUGUUGUGGAGCUCUGUUAUACACUCAGACACAUUACUGGGAGUAUUAUUGCUGUGGGGCUCUGUUAUACACUUGGACACAUCAACAAUAUAGAUCUAGGAAAGAGGGACAUUAGAAAAGAGAGGGUUUUGGACUCAAAAUAGGGACUGUUCCAUCUAAAUAUGGGCACUUGGGAGGUAUGACCAGGUUAUGAAAGAGAAAUUUGGAACCAGAAGAGGAGACAAUCUUGCAGAAUUCAAAGAUAUGUGCAGCUUUCAAUUUUAUUUUAUUUUUCUCAGUAUAUCUCUGUAUCACCUACAGGGUGACUUCCCUGUAAACCGUGACAAAUAUGUGUUACCACAGAGUGCAUUUAUAGCUGUCCUGUCAUAUAAAUGCCAUAUCCGCAUGAUGCUGAUCAGUUGGAGUAACAUCCACCCUCGAGGAAACCCUUUAAUGUCCUAGAAGUAUGUAAAGUCAAUUCUGACAGUUCUACACCACUCUGUGCACCAAGCGUGGCCUGCUUUGCCAUAAAACUGUUGGGCCACCUUUUCCAUAAGUCUUUGCACAGUCUAGCACAUUUAGGUCCAUUAUCUCAGGUGGCAGAAGUACGGUAAUAAUCAUUUAAUCCUAUCCCUAAAAGUACUGUGAUAAGGCUGUGAGUGUAUUACAAAGGAUGAUGUCUGCUCACUGCACUGCAGAGAUCUGUAGAACAACCUUGAUGGAUCGUUUAAUUGCCAGUAAUCAAGCUCCCAAGUUCGUAUUUUACCUGUGCUUGCAAAAAUAGAUCAGAACGUGUUCCUGAAAGUGUUUUAUGCUGCAUUUAAAGUAGUUAAUGAGCUAGCAGAGAACUGACGGUCUGUGUGCGCUGUGAUGAAGGAGUUAAUUUUCACGUUGGUCCGUGUCCCUCCUACAGGUACUGCAUACAUCCACGGAAUGCAACAUGCCACAGGCAACUUCAUUAUCAUCAUGGACGCUGACCUCUCCCACCACGUAAGUCAUCCUGCAGAUUUUGGUAUAAAGGACCAUCUUGUUCAAUGGCUAGCUGAAUUUACUUUUCUCUCUUCAUUUCUAGCCCAAAUUUAUACCUGAAUUCAUCCGGUAAGUGAUCUCUGCAUAUAUAGCUCUAAUAUUUGUUAAUAAAAUGUUAUUUCUUUUGGGAGGUACACUUAUUAAUGCCACUAAACAUGGACCUGUCACUUGUGGAAUUUGAAAAAAAAUCACCAUUCUAAAUAAAUGGUGUUUUUAUUUUAUUUUUAUUUUUUUUGAUUACAUAAUGUGAAAUGAGCUUAAAGUGUUGCUGUCUCUUUAAUAAAAUAUUUCUAUAACUCAGAUUUACUCCAAUCACCUCUACCAGAGUGGUGGUUUUUUUUUUUUUUGGUUUUUUUUUUGGUACCCGCAUUACCCAAUAUAAUGGGCUGUGGGCUUAUUAUUAGGGGCAGCUGAAAGUGUUCAAUUUCCUCUGGCACCAAGUACUUUCCUCCCCUGCUCGUCUAUGUUGCCACCCCUGAUGUCUCGGGUGCACAAAUGCAUGAUCGGACAUCUAACGUAGAAAUGCCAUACGCAUACAUAUGUGCUCGACAUUUUCUCCAGGAGUGCAGAAAACAUGCAUGUGGCAUGCGUUCAGCCCUGCAGGAGUUAGUUAAUUUGCAUGUAUGGGGAGCAGAGAUCCUUCCUACUUGUGAGUGAUGUGCGUAAUCCAAAUACACGGUGUCAAGGGAAACUGAGUGCAUUCACUAUAUUGUUUGCAGUUAUCAUUCAACCUUUUUUUUUUUCUGCAGGAAACAAAACGAGGGGAUCUUCGAUAUCGUUUCUGGUACACGAUACAUUGGAAAUGGAGGCGUUUAUGGCUGGGAUUUAAAAAGAAAAGUUAUAAGGUAAUGCCGCCAUUUCUCUAGUGUUUCUUUUGCGGCACGCACACACAGGCGCCGUUUCCUUUUACGUGGUGUGGAUUUAUUUAUCAGUCGUACCUUUCCCUGUGCUGUAUUAUGGUCGAUGGUUUUGUUUGCUUUGUCUCGGACCCCAUCUGUCUAGCAUUGGGCAGUUUACAGGAGGCCAAUAGAGAAAUCAUAACUGCUGACAUUUUAGUAUGAUGGAUACUGAGUUUGUGCCAUGUUUUUAUAAUAUUCCUUUUUUUUGUGUUGGGCAUACCUGGGUGGGACUUAUUGACUUGUUUGUGUGGUAUGUUGUAUUUUGCUCUCAUCCUGUUUAAUUUGUGUUCAAACAGCCGUGGAGCCAACUUUGUUACUCAGGUUUUACUGAGACCGGGAGCCUCUGAUCUAACAGGAAGUUUCAGGUACGUGAUUUCAUACAAAUCCCACAAAACCGACACUGGUUCAAUGGCUUGCCCCAAUUCUCCCUCUCUUAGCUAUAUUUUGGUGCUUGUACCUCCCCGUGGUUUUAUUUUAAUCAUGGUCAUUGAAGCUGAUUAGAUCCUGGCAGCUUCAAGAGACAAACGCUUUAAUUCAUAAUGCAAACACUUCUUAACGACACAGUAUCCUGAAAAUGUCUUUCCAUAAACCGUUCACAACUAUAAAGCGAAUAGAUUGUACUUUAAUUAGAAUAAUCAAAAAGAGCUUUUUAUUUAUUUUUUUUAAAAUUUAUUUAUGUAUAGAUCUGCAAAAUAGACUGAAAAACUGAUUGGCACAGGUUAUAAACUGUUUUUAAAGUUCUGCAUUAUCUGACGAUUAACUUAUACAUGUGCAAGUUAGUUUAUGUGCCCUUAUGUAUUGUGAUCUUGUUACAGUACAAAGGUAACAAAGUUUAUUUUUACAGCACAGUGUGUUUUCUUUAGAUGGUCAUAUUUCCUGCUCUGUAAAUUGAAGUUUAAUCAGACAGAAGGCUGCUGCAAGCUUUUACUGCAAUAAACUAAGCAUGAGAAAAGAAAAUCUAAAUUAAACACACUGUGCAGUACGUGAAGUUAAAAGAACUUUAUUUUUAUUUUUCAGGAAGUGUGCAGGGAGUCUGCCUUAGUCUGAGCCAGGAGAGGUGUUGGUCAUUUUAUGGGUUUAAUGCACACUUUUUAUAAUAGGGUUAAUUCUCCGCAUAUCCCAUACGCAGGUUUUCCUAAGUCUGAUUAUUUUCACUCAUUGCAGAUUGUACAGGAAAGAAGUUCUGGAGAAGUUGGUAGAAAGAUGUGUCUCGAAGGGUUAUGUAUUCCAGAUGGAAAUGAUUGUCCGAGCCCGCCAGUUGAACUAUACUAUUGGAGAGGUGAGAACACCAAAGUUUGGGGUAUGUUUAUAUUAUUGGGUAUUUCGAGGAAACUAUGAUUUACAGAGUCUAUGUAAUCUCCUGGAAUGUAGCGUGGUAAUUCAACUGAUAUAUAUAUAAUCUCCAAUAGUAUACUUCAGGUACCCGAAGGUCAAAUAUGAGUUGUGGAUAACCGCUACAAGUACCCGGGGGUACCACAAACACAUGGCAACCAUAAGGAAGAGACAAGAAGGAUAGCAACUUCCAAGUACCUCCAGAGAGACAGGCAGUUCCUGAAGUCCCAGCUCAAUGGCAAGAACAAGAUCCAAGUCAUGAGCAAAUAUGCCAUACCAGUCGUCAGGUACCCAGCUGGAAUAAUAACCUGGCCAAGAGAAGAACUGGUCACCAUGGAUGUCAAGACCAGGAAACUACUCAAUAUGAAUGGAGGAUUCCACCCGAAAUCCAGCACCCAGAGAAUGUACACCAGCCGGAAGGAAGGAGGUCGGGGCCUGGUGAGUGUCAAGGCCACAGUCCUGGAUGAAACACAGAGCAUCCACCAGUACAUCACGAAGAUGGCUCCCAAAGAUGAACUGUUAAGUGAAUGCCUGAGACUACGACAGAUGGAGGUUCCAUGGCAAGACCAACCUCUUAAAUCCACGCAAACAUUUUGAUAAAAUCUGGAUGGACUGCUUGCACCAUUUGUAGUGCAAUGGACAGCAACGGAGCAAUAUGUUGUAAUGUUUUGGUGGGCUAACGUGGGUAUCGUGCUUGCAGUGUGUAACUUUCUACGUUUAUUUACCAGUUGCACAGCGGUUAGGUUGUACUGGAUUUAAUGUUUGGAAUCUCUGCAGAUAAAUUCAGAAUAUUACGAUGUAUUUGUUUAAAGUGCUGUAUUUAAUUCGGGUUACUGAUCACCAGCUGGAGUGCUGUUAAGUAUUAUUUCUUGUAGUUCUUUGUUCAGUGUAUUCAUCUAACUUUACUUUUUCUAAUUUUUACUUCUUGUUUGCCGAAGAAUGUGUAUCCACCAUAAUUUAUUACUCUCAGCUUGAUGAGUCCGUGUCUGCCUGCACGGAUUAUCUAUGCAGUACCCUGGAAUUUCCUGUAGGUGGCAUCAGUCUAGGCAUAAGUAGUUCUGGCCCGAGCCACGGCAGCCAUUUUAGGCUUAGAACGACAUGUGAGUGGUUUUAUAGCAGCAAAGAUAAGACUGACAAAGCCAUCGUGUAUCAUAGGGCCAGAUAACAACGUACUGUUUCCAGUCAACUUCCCAAUAAGAGUCAAAGGGCUUCUAUUAUUUUUCUUAUAUUUAUGAUCAUAUAAACUAAUCUUGUUUGGUUUUUGUUUUUAAUUAAAUUGGUUAUAACCCAUUAGCUGAUUGACACAUAACAAAAGGUCUAUAGUGGUGUUUCUCUGUGCAGCCAGUUCGCCAAUUGUCCAAUUAACCUGCAUUGAUGGCAUGACUGGAAUAGAAUGGGGUAAUCCCCGAAUUACUGGCCAUUGGCACUGCAUUGAUACCCUUACUGGAAUAGAAUGGGAUAAUCCCCAAAUUACUGCCCAUUGGCACUGCAUUGAUGGCCUUACUGGAAUAGAAUGGGAUAAUCCCCAAAUUACUGCCCAUUGGCACUGCAUUGAUACCCUUACUGGAAUAGAAUGGGAUAAUCCCCAAAUUACUGCCCAUUGGCACUGCAUUGAUACCCUUACUGGAAUAGAAUGGGUCUGUAAGCCACUCGUGGUACCAUGACUGCAAGCUGUAGUGUUUGUGUUCAUUCCACGAGUAUUUAAACCUUUCUAAAAUUAAAAGUUCAUUAAAAUGUGUAUACACAUCAAACAAACUUUACUAAUAUACACCACUUGUACGUGGGCACCAAGUGAUAAGAAGUAAACUUUAAGUGUCGCUGCAAAUGAGACCGAAAACUCUCAUAGGGCAACACAAUAGUGGUAUAGUUAUGUAGAGCUUGGAAUAUAUAAUAUAUAGUAAGUAUCACCAUAGGCGUGCACAGCCUAUUGUAUAAGGGUGUGCACCCUAAAGCACAAACACACACUGCUGUGUGUGUGUGUGUAAGGGCGCUGUGUGUGUGUGAGGAUGCUGUUAGUGUGUAUGUGUGAGGGUGCUAUGUAUGUGUAAGGGUGUGUGUGCUGUAUGUAUGGGUGAUUGUGUGUGUAUUGUGUGGGGGCCGUUUAGUAAAUAUCUCCCCUCCCUUCCUACCUUAUGCCUGGGAGGGGGGAUCCUUUCUGCUGCUUCCAUCCCUGGUGGUCCAAUGGAGAGUGAACUCUAGCCUGCGGGGCUAGAGUUCACUCUCACGAGAUCUGAGCAUUGCCACGGCAACACUCAGAAUCCCACGAGGGGAACCCAGCGGAGCUACUGGCAAGAGCUCCCCGGGUCCUCUCCUGCCUCCCUCCCUGCCUGUGGGUCGGUGGGGAGGGAGGCUGAGAGCAGAGCUGGCACUCGGAUAGAGCCGGCUCUGCAUGAGCCGACAGGGGGGAUACUGAGAUCUCCCCUGCCGUUCUCAAUAUACAUAGGUGUGCCGCGGGGAUUAGGGUGUGCCCAGGCACACCUGGCACACCCCGUGCGCAAGCCUAUGAGUAUCACUCACAUUUACUUGAGCCUGUUGGAAAUAACUAGCUCAGGUAGUACAGCCUUGGUGUGAUGAGACUAACACUGGAUUAGGAGGGUAUCUUGAUUCACAGUGGUUUUAUGAAACUGAUAAAAGGCAAACCCAGUUAAAAAGUUAAAAUUGUACAAAUAACAUUGAAGUUAUUUUUAAGCCUUACAUUGAAGUAACUGGAAUGCCACAGUCCAAAAAGAAUAAGCACAAUGCGUUUCAAUGCUACUGUGCGUCUGCCUCAGGUGCAUGGACUGUCCUGUACUGAAUUCUGAUCUUUUAAACCCCAUAUGCGCGCCAAAAUCUGUUUAGCUCCGCCUCUUUAAUUAUGAUAGUCUCUUAAUACAGAGACAUCCUUUUUGCGUCCUCGCAAACACCAAGAUGGUGGCCGCAAAGACGCGGUGCGUCCCUUCCGGUUUUGAUGGCUGCGUUCCAGCAAUCAUAUUGACCUUCUAUCACACCAUGGCUAUACUUCCUGAGCCAGUUCUUUCUAACAGGCUCAAGUAAAUGUGAGUGUGAUACCUACUAUAUGUUGUAUUAUCCUGUCACUACAGAAUGUUAUACUAUUGUGUUGCCCAACAAGAGGACAUAGUCUUAAAUUAGAGGGGCAAAGGUUUAAAAAUAAUAUCAGGAAGUAUUACUUUACUGAGAGGGUAGUGGACGCAUAGAAUAGCCUUCCAGCUGAAGUGGUAGAGGUUAACACAGUAAAGGAGUUUAAGCAUGCAUGGGAUAGGCAUAAGGCUAUCCUAACUAUAAGAUAGGGCCAGGGACUAAUGAAAGUAUUUAGAAAAUUGGGCAGACUAGAUGGGCCGAAUGGUUCCUAUCUGCCGUCACAUUCUAUGUUUCUAUGAGCGUUUUCUGCCUCUUUCAUUUGCAGCGGCCCUUGGUUUAUUAUGUGGACAUUUUUUUUAUUUUAUUUUUUUUAUACUUCUCAUCACUUGGUGCCCACGUAUAAGUGGUGUAUAUCGAUAUACAGUGUGACCGUUUAACGUGUAUGCACAUUUUAAUGUUGAUUGUAUUUAUUAUAAGAGCGGAAUUAUCGUGGUUUUAUUCCAGUGUUCACUAGGUGCACCUUAAUUUAGCGCCAGAUAAUGCACACCAUAUGCCCUUUAUUGCGGUUUCUCUUUAUGUUGACUGAUUUUUAUUUUUUUUACGUUCUAACAGGUUCCCAUCUCAUUUGUGGAUCGGGUCUACGGAGAGUCCAAGCUCGGAGGCAAUGAAAUUGUGUCUUUCUUGAAAGGCUUGCUGACAUUAUUUGCAACAACAUGACCUGGACUCAAAUGUGUGGGGUUUUUUGUUUGUUUUUUGUUAUUUAAGGUUUUUUUUUGUUUUUGUUUUUUUUUCAAACUUAUAUUUUUAGUUUAAGGGCUAUUCACUGGAAUUUGACCAAAUUUAUCGAGUUGUAUGUUUUAAAUAAUGCCUUUCUGAGCAUUGUUUUCUAUAUUCCCUGUAAAGCAAUUAAAACACUUUAUUAACAAGAGCUCUGCUUUUUAUAUCACAAUACAGUAAGUGCAGAUUAAUGAAUUUUUCCGAUUCCAUAGGUUUCCUUGUCGUUGUGGUUUUAUUUUGUAUAUUUCAGUGUUUACCACAUGUGAGGUUUUACUCCUUUCGGUUGGUUUUGUGGCUAAAUCUGUGUAUAGGAUGGAGGAUUCGUUAACCUUGAACAAAAAAACAGAUCCAAGCUCUUUGUCACAUUUCUCUGUUUGUUCAUUUCAUUUUCACUGUAAUAUAAUAUGAAGUGGUCAGAAAACCCAAACCACAUUAGAAUUCCAUUAUCUAAAUAUCUACAGGUGAAAAAACUGGGUGAAUUGUGAAUAAUAAAAUGUGCAUUGACGAAAAAA